CUCGGUGCGGAUGUCCGUUAUGUUGCCGUGUCGGACGGGGAUACAGAGCGGGACUGAGAGUGAGAGCAGCCCGAAAUAAGUUUUAAAAACACCCCAAUACCGAGUGAACCGUCUCACACGGAGGCUCCGACACUGACAGGAGCAGCAGACUCUCCGGUACACCGGCAGAAACAGUUAUAACCCCCCCCUGAACCCGGAGUCCCGGUCCUUCGCAGCUCCGCGGGGCCUGGCGAGGCGCGGCGGGAGCAGAUGGAGGCUGCACCGGCGAAGGCGAAGCCGCAGGGCCGGCUACUGGUGUCCACCCAGCUGGACGCUAAAGACGAGCUGGAGGAGAGGUUGGAGCGAUGUGUAGGAAUCGUCCAGGCGUUAACAAACGGGCUGUCGGAGAGAGAGGCCAACGACGCGCUCACCGCCAACGUGUGUAAAGGCCCGCAGCAGCACGAGGAGGUUUGUCUGGGUCUGUUCUCUCUGGUGCUCACAGAGUCGGCCCAGGCCCAGAGGUGUUACAGAGACCUGACUCUGCUCAACAGAGAUGGGAUGAACAUCAUUUUGGUGAAGAUCAACCAGAUCCUGAUGGAGAAGUUCCUCAAGCUGCAGGAUGUCCCCAGAACGCAGCUGGUGUGGCUGAUCAAAGAACUGGUGAAGAGCGGAUGUAGUGAUAUGGGAGCUGACGGAGUCGUCAUGACGCUGCUCAAACAGAUCGCAGGUCAGGACAUAAUCAAUCCUACCUCCUCCAGCUCGUCUUUAGCGUCCAGCUGGGUGGACACCAGUAGCCGGCCCUGCGGCUUCGCCUUCGCCGGUGCAGCCUCCAUCUGCUCCCGCCGCGCCUCGCCAGGCCCCGCGGAGCUGCGAAGGACCGGGACUCCGGGUUCAGGGGGGGGUUAUAACUGUUCUUCUGCUUUCGGUGUACCGGAGAGUCUGCUGCUCCUGUCAGUGUCGGAGCCUCCGUUCCCGCUCUGUAUCCCCGUCCGACACGGCAACAUAACGGACAUCCGCACCGAGCGAGCGAGGGCCUACUGA